AUGUUAGGAUUAGCAACACAUGAGGCACAUUUCUAUAUAUUAAGGGAAGCAAUAACGGAGACACCUCCUCCUCCUCCUCCUACAGCAGCAGCAGCAGCAGCAGCAGCAGCAGCAGCAGCAGGAGCAACAGCAGCAACAGCAGCAACAGCAACAGCAACAGGAAAAAAUGCUACAGCUAUAGCAGCAGAAGGCGAGGAAGGAGAGGGAGGAGAUAGCGAAACAAGAAAGAGGGAGAGGGAGACGGAGGAACUGCUAGAUCAGCAGCAGCAGCUGCUGCAGCUGCAGCAGCAGCAGCAGCAGCAGACACAAUAUAAACCCCUACAGAUGAUACAAUUGCCUGUAUUAAGGGAAUAUAUUAAACAUGAAUUAUGUGAUAAUGAACGUAUGCGAGAGAAGUAUGCACAAGACCAGAAGAGACUACAUGGUAGUGCAGCAGCAGCAGCAGCAAAAGAAAGGGCUAUAGAGCAGCAGCCACACUGGCAGCAGCAACAGCAGCAGAAGCCGCAGCAACAGCAGCAGCAACAGCAGCAGCAACAGCAGCAGCAGCAGCAGCAGCUUCCUUCGAACGAAGAAGUAGCAAGACAGCUAAAACAAGCUCUGCUGCAGAAAGGGACUGCUGGGGGCCCAACACCUAGCAGCAAUAACUCUGCUGCUGCAGCAGAUACAACAGCAGCAGCAGCAGCAGCAGCAGCAGCAGGAGCAGAUGGAGAUGCAGAUGCAGAUAAAGCAGAAGCACCUGUAGAUGGAGCUGAUGCACCAGCAGCACCAGCAGCAGCAGCAGAUGCAGCAGAUGCAGCAGAUGCAGCAGAACCAGGAGACGAAGCGACAGCAGCAGCAGCAGCAGCAGCAGGAGAUGACGAGGAAGGAGCAGCAACAACAACAGCAACAAGCUGUGUGUCUCCUUCUUGUGUCCCUGAUACAAAACGUCUUAAGGGCAUAGAUGGAUCCCCAGCAGCAGCAGCAGCAGCAGCAGGAGGAGGAGGAGGAGGAGGAGGAGGAGCAGGAGGAGCAUAUGGCCGUAAGAGAGAAGAAGAUAUAGAUCUAUUUAGGCAGCGCAUGCAUGCAGCCCUAAGCAGCAGCAGAGAAUUAAGCAUGCAUGCAUUGCUGCAUGAGGGAGUAGAUGCAGGUGUGGGGCUGCGCAGCAGAGACAGUUGGCGUAUAGCUUAUUAUAAAGAAAAGUUUAAUCUUGCUGCUGAUGAUAAUGUUGCUGCUGUUGCUGCUCCUGCUGCUGCUGCAUACAUUAAGGGGCUGCAGUGGGUGCUGCUGUACUACUGCAGCGGCUGCUGCAGCUAUGAUUGGUACUUUCCUUAUCAUUAUGCUCCUCUUGCUAUAGAUCUAUUAAGGGCACUGCAGCAAAUAAAUGCUAAUAGGAAGCAUAAGCAGCAGCAGCAGCAGCAACAGCAGCAACAGCAGCACAAGAAACUGCAGCAGCAACAAAAAGGACAGCAGCAGGAAAAAAAAUGGCAGCAGCAGCAGCAAGAAAGACUGCAGCAACUGCAGCAACUGCAGCAAAAAAGAAAACAAAAAGGAGACGAAGAAGAAAACUUCCAAAAGGCACAAGAAUUAUUUAAUUUAUCUAUCCCUUUACGUCCCUUUGAGCAAUUAAUGGCUGUCCUUCCUCCAUUUAGUGCAGCAAAGUGUCUCCCUUGCAUGCAUGCAAACAUCAUGGUGUCUCCUUUGUCUCCUAUUGCUGAUUUUUAUCCUAAUAAAUGUAAAUAUGAUCCUAAUGGUAAAAGGUAUCAAUGGCAAUGGGUAGUAUUAUUACCUUUUAUAGAUAAGGAAAGAUUAUUAAAUGUUUGCUGCAGUUUAGAGACACAUUUGCAGCAAGAAGAGAGACACCGUAAUCGUGUAUCAGAGGCUGAGGUGUAUGUACACCUCAGCCAUCCAUUAGCAGCAACUAUACAACAACUCUCUCCUUCUGUAGGUAGGGUACUUACUCCUGAGGAAAAUCUUUCUUGGUCUACUCCUCUUCCUCCUGCUGCUCCUGCAGCAGCAGCAGCAGCAGGAGGAGGAGUAGCAACAGCAGCAGCAGCAGUAACUGAUGCUGAUGGUACGGAUACUGCAGCAGCAACAGCAGCAGCAGCAGCAGCAGCAACAGCAGCACCAGAAGACGGAGAGGAUAGACGUCUUCCUCGUGCAGUAAUAGGAGAAGGAGAAGAAAUUCCUUCCUUAUUUAGUGGAGGAAUUAAGGGUCUCCUCUAUCCAGCUGUACAUACACCCCAAUUAGGAGACACUAUAGAGAGUCCUGUUGAGGGCCUAGAUUCUUUUUCUUGUGCAUCUGUCUCCUGUUUUGUGUCUCCUCCUCGUCUCCCUGGUCCCCCUGUCUCCUUUUUGCUUCCUGGUGCUGAUCCAGGGGGCCCUUAUCUAGAUCAAUAUGAUCUUGAUGAGGAUGCAAGGAAGGACAGAGCAUUCAAUGGAGCAGCAGCAAAGAGAAUGGUUAUGUUUGUCUUGGGUAGCGGACGUCAGCAGCAGCAGCAGCAGCAGCAGCAGCAGCAGCAGCACCCACCUCCUCCGCCGCAGCAGCCAGGGUAUGAUGGGUAUAACAAUGGGGAUCGUUAUCAUUAUAGGGGCCCCCAGGGGGGCCCCCACCAGCCGUACCCACCGCAGCAGCAGCAGCACUACUAUCAGCAGCAGCAGCAGCAGCACUUUAGGGGAGGAGUACCCCCACAGCUAUGGGGGCCCCCUUAUGGUUCCUUCCCUCCUCCUAUGCCUGUACACCCUGCUGCUCUUGCUGCUGCUGCUGCUGCUGCACCGCAGCACGUUAUCCCUGUAGCUAUGCGACUGCAGCAGCAGCUAAACCCUGCAUCCUUUGCUGCAGCAAGGAGACACUCAAAUAGAUGGGGGGACGGAGCAGCAGCAGCAGCAGCAGCAGCAGGGGGCCCCCCUCAGGAUCCAUGGAAUGGUGCUCCUCCUGCUCCUGCUGCUGCUGCACCCCACAGCAGCAGCAGCAACAGAGGCAGACACCCAAUGAAUAACUUCUCUCAGGGCCCUCCUUGGCAGCAGCAGCAGCAGCAGCAGCAGCAGCAGCGGGGGUAUCAGACAGAUGGUCGCUGCAGCACGCAGCCAGGCAGGUUACCUCCUUGGAGUGGGUCGCCACACAUGCAGCAGCAGCAGCAGCAACAGCAGCAGCAGCAGCAGCAGCAGCAAAGGGGCGACAGCAACGGGUUUGUUAAUAUGACUUUUAGGGGGAAAUUUUCUUAA